AUGAACUGCAAGUCUGGUUAUAUAUUUUUACGAAUUCGUCUACCACUAGGGGGCGGCACCCUUUCCCCUUGGUUUCCCACAUCCGCGUGCCCUCUUAUUACACUUCCGCUGAAGCGCUUGUAUAGUCCUCUUCUACCAGCCCGAUUCAACAUGGGACGAGUCAGGACCAAGACGGUGAAAAAAGCCGCCCGGGUCAUCAUUGAGAAGUACUACACCCGGCUGGGAAAUGACUUCCACACCAACAAGAGGGUGUGUGAAGAGAUCGCUAUCAUCCCCAGCAAGAAGCUGCGCAACAAGAUCGCUGGGUAUGUGACCCAUCUGAUGAAGCGCAUCCAGAGGGGUCCCGUCAGAGGCAUCUCCAUCAAGCUGCAGGAGGAGGAGAGGGAGAGGAGGGACAACUACGUCCCAGAGGUUUCUGCUCUUGACCAAGAGAUCAUAGAGGUGGACCCUGACACCAAGGAGAUGCUCAAACUACUGGACUUCGGAAGUCUGUCCAACCUGCAGGUCACCCAGCCAACUGUCGGAAUGAACUUUAAGACACCCAGAGGAGUCUAGGCAUUUGUAAUAUAUCUCUUAAUAAAUACAAAAUGUACAAAAAAAGCAAUAAGUCUCCUAGUGGUCUUGCUGUUUAGAACAAGUAGAUGCGUAUGCUAGAUUGAUGGAAAUGUUAAUUGGAUAAGCGCUUGGUCCUCAUGUCCUUGACUCAAUUGAACUGUAAUUUCAGGCUUUGUGCAAUAAAGUUUAGUUCAUAUACUAUAGAGCAUUUGGAAAGUAUUCAGACCCCACAACUUUUUCCAUAUUUUGUUACAUUACAGCCUUAUUCUAAAGUGGAUUCAAUUGUUUUUUGUUAUCUACAUGCAAUAACCCCAUAAUGACAAAGCAAAAAACGUUUUUUUAUAAGUGUUGCAAGUGUAUUAAAAUAUCAUAUACAUAAGUA